UCUUUUUGCACAUAUAUAAGCCCGAUUCUCAAGAGCGCCCCCCCUUAGUCCUUGUUUUUCCCCCUCGUCCUCGUCGUCUGCACCAGCCGCCGUCCACAAUGGCAAGCUCAAAGCUGGAACCGAACCGGCGGCGAUCCCUUUCUGAUCCCCUCGCUGCUGCACUCCGUCCCCCUGCCAAUGAAACCCCAGCUGAGCGUGAAAGGAGGCUGCGUGCCGAAGAUGAGGCUAAAAAGGUCAGCGAUAGCAUCGAUGAGAUGCUGCGCGCAGAGAGAAAGGAUAUCAAAGCAAAACCCGUCGUCAAGGUCUUGCUUCUCGGCCAGAGUGAAAGUGGAAAGAGUACUACUUUGAAACAAUUUCAAUUGAUGCAUACCCCUGCUUCUUUCCACGCUGAGAGAAUAGCAUGGCGUGCGGUAAUAUACCUCAAUCUUGUCCGAUCUAUACGACGAAUACUGGAUGCUAUAUCACCAGAAAUCGAGCCAUUGGACGAACACGAGGAGGAGGAAGGGGCGGAACCGGCAUCUAUUAUAAUUUCUUCAUUUGGUCGACCACCGUCCGCACUCGCCGGAACUAUGGUUCAGAAGUACGAGCAUUACCGUCGAUAUCUCGAGCCAUUAGCGGAACUUGAGGAUCGGUUGACUCACAUGCUUUCCUCUCCUGAUGAAGACGAAGCGACUCAUCUUGGACCUAAACAACCGAAUUGGAACAUGUAUACUAAUGGGCACUCCAAGAUACUCCCUAAUGGAAAAAAUGGUCGCCCCUCGCCAUCUAUCUCUAUCCCCUACCCUAAAACAUCAUCACCUUCUCCGGUCUCUCCACCUUCGUCGUCAACCAGUCUGCCUUCUCCUGCUGGGACGAGCAGUUCCUCAAAAUCUAAGCACAAGGAAGUGAGCGUUCAUCACACUUCAAACUGGAAAAAGGCUUUUGCCCUGGGAGGCAAAACAAAGAGUCCAAAAAGCGUUCAUACAAAUGAGAUCGAGGGAUGGUGGGAUGAUCCAGACGAUCCGGUGCACAUGAUUAAUGCAUGUGCACCUGUGAUGAUGGAGGUAUGGAAGGACCCAAGCGUGAAGCAACGUUUACGUGAAAAACGUUUGAGGCUGGAAGAAAGUAGCGGAUUCUACUUGAAUGAAAUUCCGCGAAUCACAGCGCUGAGAUACUUUCCGACAGACCAGGAUGUACUGAAAGCCAGACUCAAGACUGUUGGUGUAGUCGAGCAUUCCUUUUCUUUGCAGGGCGCUAAUCAUCGUCCGGUUGAGUGGAAAAUAUAUGAUGUCGGAGGAGCGCGAAAUCAGCGACAGGCUUGGACGCCAUACUUCGAAGAUGUAAACGCAAUCAUAUUUCUGGCGCCCAUCUCAGCCUUUGAUCAAGUUCUGGCAGAGGAUCCAAAAGUCAACCGCGUUGAAGAUUCCCUUUUGCUUUGGAAAGCAGUCAUCGAUCAAAAACUGCUAGCGAAUGUCAAUAUCGUUCUCUUUUUGAACAAAUGCGAUUUACUGCGGGCCAAACUUGAGAGCGGUGUCCGACUCAAUCAGCAUAUGGUCUCCUAUGGUGAUAGACCAAACGACUACGAAACAGUUUCAAAUUAUUUCCGAAAGAAAUUCGGUAUCUUACAUCAAACAUAUACACUGAAUAAGGAGAGAGAACUGUUUAUUCAUUACACAUCCGUGACAGACACUCAUAGAACAGCUACCAUUAUAUCCACUGUGCGAGACUUCAUCGUAAGGUCCAACCUUAAGAACCUAUCUUUGUUUUAGCAUCGUUACCACACCCUUUUACCAUUCCUUUGAUUGAUCCUUUUCCCUUGGCCAUCCAUCCCUUUCAGCUAUGAAAUGACUUCCUCCCGUCCCGUCUAAUGCGCGUCCACGCUUUCCCCUGUUCGUACGCUCUCUAUUCUUUCAACCAAUUUGUGCCGUGGAUUUUAAUCGCAAUGCACGCUUAGUGUUUUCCUAAAUGUAUACCUACGUGUUCACCUGUCUUAUAAUGUUUCUUCGGGUCUUAUAAUUGUGCAUCUAUACAGUUACAGUAUAUCGAAUAAUUAGCUCGUUGGAGACGACGUUACAACAGUAUGAGAUGUGAUAUGAUUGCAAUGAAGACAUCGGAAGGCCAUAGUUGAUUUCUCGAACGCUAUUGACGCUCAACAUGCAAACCUCAGCGCUGAUCAUUGGCCAGUAUACCCAGUGUAGCCCACGACUUAUUUGGUACAGCAGUCUUACAUGGAUUCUAUAACUUCUUUUAGCUUGACCUCAUCUAAAAUUUCGAAUCCCUUCUGUGGUGUGACCUGCGCAAGCUGUACGUUAUGUUGAUCCAGCUUUUCCUCCAUUACUUGUUUCAAUACCCGAAGUGUCAGUUUUUGUGCUUCAACCAGAGUCAUCCGGCUAUACCACUUGGCCUGCAACUCGCUUUGAGCAGCUUCCGAUCCCGACCCAAUUGCUUUUGCGUCAUAUCGCAUAAACGUUCCAGAAGGGUCCGUGUGGUAUAGUUGUGGACCUAGCUCAUCGAUCCCCGCAAUCAACAGCGCCACUCCAAAAGGCCGACUCAUCAUGGCUUCCUCGUCAUGUACACUCUCACCAAAUCGCAGAGCCAAGUCACACACCGCCUGCGUCGCGCUUUCCACUUUUAUCUUUUCGUCGUAAGUGAAGGCGUGGUUCUGCGCCGUCACGCGAGCGUGGUCGAUCAUUGUGCGGGCGUCAGCUGUAAGCCCAGACAUGGCGCAGCCUAAAUGGGAGUCGAUUUCCAUAAUCUUUUCGAUAGAGCUUGACUCAAGGAGGGGAGACUGGACACGUUUCUCGACUGCCAAUACAACGCCUUCUCGUGUGCGAACUCCUACUGUCGUUGACCCGAGUUUGAUAGCUUCGAUGGCAUACUCAACUUGGAACAAACGUCCCUCCGGGGAGAACGUAUUGACACCUCGAUCAUACUCUGAGCGCGUCAAGAACAUGCUUGUGUGAGGAAAGGCGCGGUAAUUGAAGAUGAAGAGAUAU